AUAUUUCUGGAAUUAUAAAAUUCAACAGAAAAUAGGCUAAAUGCAGAUCUAUAGUCUUAUUUGCAAUUUAUUGUAAGCCUACCAGCUUAACAGAUAAGUGCAAGGACUUACUGGGAAAUUUGCGGAGCAUUUUGUAAAUAACAUAAAAGGUAAGGGUUAAGACGAAACAUGAUGAAGAGAUAAGGUUCUCUAUCGCUUCAUGUGGUCUUGCAUACGAAUCAAUGGAUUCGUCUAGCUUUGCUCUAGCAGCCACGCCGUCGAAUCCGCUGUGGGAGAGGCUGUGACGGCGAGCAGCCACGCCAGAGGACACCCCUGUGGUUGUGCUCUGCGUGUCGCGCUCGGACCUGGCAACCGCGGAGGGCGCCGUUGGCCACCGGGCCUUGUGCGAGCAGCACUUACAGGGGUGCCCCGCUCGGGCCGGCCGCUGUGGUUCUGUGCAGAGGCUCCGACAGUCGAUCGCCGCGGACGCGCGUUCGAGGGCCCGGGAGCCUUGCCUGACGUCACCGCCUUGCUUCAGCACCGGGCUGAACCAUGCACCGCGCAGCCGCCGUGCGGAGGGGUGCCGACCGCUGCGCUAUGAGCGGCCAUGGCGUGUGGAGAUGAGCCGGGCGCUGCCGCAAGCUGGGCAUCGUUGGCUGUAAGCCACCGCCGUCGCCUCUGCCGUUGGCGAGAAGUCGCGAUUCUGGCCCGGGGGAAGCAGCGAUGGAACGCCGUGCGACGCCGCACUGCUGCUACUGUGCGUAGGCACACCGUAACUGAGGGCCAUGACGGCGUUGAGGCUCAAGGCCGGCCGUCGCAGAGGAGGGCACCGUGCGCCGGGGCUAUUUCGCCGGCUCUGUUCAAAGAGAAGAAGGGAAGAAGGGGGCUGACGCGGCUCGCCGCGGUCGGAGAAACCGGGCCGUGGUCACAUCCAUCACGCCGCCCGCCUCCCGUGAUGCAGUCGUGUCCAGCCGCUGCCACCACAUCAGGGAGUGAGGCCGCGACGCCACGCGCGUGCCUGCGCUCGCUGCCGGUCGAGAAGACCAUGCACACCGCCGUGUCGCUACACGCGCCUUGCCGGCAGGAGGGAGCGCUUUUGCCCGUUCGUUCUCUCCUUCUCGUCGGAAUUGCUCUCGCCGGAGAGCAGUGCUGAUAACGUGUUAAAUGUAAUCGAGAGACAAAUGAUAGAGAGAAUCAAGUCAGUCUUUAUUGAUAGACUAGAAGAACGCCCGUGCGUUACAACGAGCCACGUUAAUUUAAAGAGUUCAAUAUUACGACAUUGGCGACUUUUUUUACCA